UAGCCACAGCUCUCUCCACCUAUCCCUAUCUUCUGCAUCCUCAACACUUGCACCCACUAGCUUCAUAUCCUCAUUUAUUACAUCCAUAUACCUCCUCUUUGGCCUUCCUCUUUUGCCUCCUGCCUGGCAGCUCCAUGUCCAACAUUUUCCUACCAAUAUACUCAUUCUCCCUCUUCUGAACAUGUCCAAACCAUCUUAAUCUGGCCUCCCUAACUUUGUCCCCCAAACGUCCAACAUGAGCUGUCCCUCUGAUGUACUCGUUCCUAAUCCUGUCCAACCUUGUCACUCCCAAAGAGAACCUCAACAUCUUCAGCUCUGCUACCUCCAGCUCUGACUCCUGUCUCUUCCUCAGUGACACUGUCUCUAAACCAUACAGCAUGGCUGGUCUAACCACUGUCUUGUACAGAACUGCAAUUUUUUCUAGGAUGUGCAAAUUGCUAUAGACAAUUUAUCAUGUACUACAGUUCUGUGACCUCUCUCCUCACCAUGCUGCUACAAGGCAAACCAGAGAAACUUCACUGGACCAAUGCCACCAAGGCAGCCUCUGAGAGACUCAAAACUUGUUUUACUACAGCCCCUAUCCUGAAGAAUCCUGACCCAAGCACACACUUCGACAAACUAUGAUGCCGUCAGUAAAGAACUUCUAUCCAUCAAUGCAGCCCCGGAGGAGUGAUGGCACUGGCUUGAGGGUGCAGGAUUCCCAUUUCAGGUGAUUACUGAUCACAAAUAUUUGGAAUACAUCAAGAACGCCAAAUGCCUCAAUCUCCAUCAGGUAAAGUGGACUUGCUUUUACAUGCUUUUGGUUUACUGUGUCCUAUCAACCCGGGACAUUUUGUGCGCAAUAUGGAAAACAAAAAAAAAGAUUGUCAUUCUAUUAGUCCUACGUCAUACUAAUAAUAAUUUUAAUUUUGAAAUCGGUAACCUUUCAAGUUGUAAAUUUCCUUGCACAAUUUAUCAAAUACAAAUGCCUCACAGAGGAAAAGCUGUUCAACCAGUUGUACCCAUCUACUUCAGCAACUGGAGGCCUGAUAUAUAACAGAAUGAUGUGCAGCUAAUGGUUUAUUCCAAGGACGCUAAGCAGCAAUCCAAGGAAUUCUGUUCAGCUUCUUUAACUUCUGUCUCCCUCCAUCAGUGAUAUGGUGACGCAUAAUGAUCCAGAGAUGGACUUAUUCCAACCAGAAUCAAACUCAAGCUCAGGAAGAAUUAAUACAAAAGACAAAAUUAAAGAAAGAGGUCAGUGGUCAUGUAAAGUUGAAUUUCUACUGGCUGUUGCUGGACAAAUCAUUGGACUAGGAAAUGUUUGGAGGUUUCCGUACUUGUGCUACAAGAAUGGAGGUGGAGUGUUUUUAAUACCAUAUUUGGUCUUCCUGUUUGCCUGUGGGCUUCCACUGUUUCUCCUGGAGAUAUCACUGGGUCAGUACACCAGUCAGGGCAGCAUCACAUGCUGGAGGAAAAUGUGCCCUUUGUUUCAAGGAAUAGGCUAUGGAAAUGUAGUGCUCCUGUUGUAUUGCAACAUCUACUACAUUAUCAUUAUGGCCUGGACAUUCUUCUAUCUCUUUUCCUCUUUUAGUAUUGAGUUACCAUGGGCUAACUGCAGCAAUACCUGGAAUACUGAAACCUGUUUUGAAUUUGAUAAAAAGGACAAUUUUAGCUACUCUAAUAUACCAGAGAAUGCAACUUCACCUGUUAUAGAGUUCUGGGAGAGGAGAGUGCUUAAUCUCACUAGCAAUGUGUAUGAGCUGGGCAGUGUGAGGUGGGAGCUGGCUCUAUGUCUCCUCUUGUCUUGGAUUAUCUGCUACUUCUGUGUGUGGAAGGGAGUAAAAUCAACAGGCAAGGUGGUCUAUUUCACUGCUACUUUUCCUUAUGUGAUGUUGGUGGUGUUGUUGGUGCGUGGACUCACAUUGCCUGGGGCCAUUGAUGGCAUCAAGUUUUACCUCUACCCAGAUCUUGCACAACUCAAAGACCCACAGGUGUGGAUGGAUGCUGGAACACAGAUUUUCAUGUCUUAUAGUUUAUGCACGGGCACUCUCACUGCUCUAGGAAGCUACACCAAGUACAACAACAACUGCUACAAGGACUGUGUUUAUUUGUGCCUUUUGAACAGUGGGACCAGUUUUGUGGCUGGCUUUGCCAUCUUCUCUGUGCUGGGCUUCAUGGCCUAUGAGCAGGGGACAGAUAUAUCAACAGUGGCAGAGUCAGGUCCAGGGUUGGCCUUCAUUGCAUACCCCAAGGCAGUUGCAAUGAUGCCUGUUCCACAACUAUGGACCAUUUGUUUCUUUCUUAUGAUUAUUUUGAUAGGAAUGGACACCAUUUUUGUGUUUUUGGAGGCUAUGAUGACUGCUGUAACUGACAUGUACCCCUCAUUCUUCCUCUUCGGUCAUCGCCGUGAAGGAUUCCUGCUCAUUAUUUGUGUGGGGUGUUUUCUGUGUGGCCUGGUUAUGGUAACAGAGGGUGGCUUGUAUAUUUUCCAGCUGUUUGAUUACUAUAGCUACAGUGGGAUGACACUUCUGUUAUUUGCCAUUCUGCAGUCAGUGAGUAUAGGAUGGGUAUAUGGGGCUAAUCGCCUGUAUGAUAACAUUGAGGACAUGAUUGGUUAUCAACCAUUGUUCUUAAUAAAGUACUGCUGGAAAUACAUCACUCCUCUUGUCUGCACUGGUACAUUUGUCUUCUCUCUGGUCAAAUUCACUCCUCUGAAAUUUAACAAUAUAAUGGAAUACCCCUGGUGGGGCUAUGCUAUUGGCUGGUACUUCACACUCUCUUCAACUCUGUUGGUUCCACUUUGGAUGAUCUAUGCUCUCCUCACCUCCAGUGGCUCGUUUAGACAGAGAUUACAUGUUCUCUGCACCCCAGAAAGAAAAGUUCCUCUGAACUCAAGCAGAAGGAAAAACUGUUCAAAUUUGAUUGGCUUUACAGUUGUACCACAAGGGGGAGAACAUCCUUGAAGCAAAAUCAUGGUGUUUGUUUUGGGGUACAUGUACAAUUGUAACUUUACUUCUGAACAUGACAAUCCCAUACUGUAAUUUAUUAAGCAGUUUUCUGCAAAAAGUGUUUCAAUUACUCAGUGUAUCUUACUGCAAGACCAGGUGCACCCCCUGGCUGUAAUCUGAAGAACUCAAGCAGCAGUGUGAGAGAAAUUUCAAAAUUUCAGCUUUACUUAAUAUUUAUAUCUAGACUUGUUAAACAAUUUAGAACAUGGCACAUUUUAUUUGAACCCACCCUUUUUUGUCUGAUCAAAAAUAUUGGAACAAAAAAUAUUGUAGCUGAUAGAUGUUGUCCAGGUAUGCCACGUAGGUUUGAUUUAAUUAAUCAAUAGCUCAGAAUUCCUAUUGGAAUGUUAUGCUUUUUGUGAACUUUUCUGUUGUUGUCUGUUCAUGACAUUGUUCAGGUGUAUGAUUUUUGUUUGUUUGUGCUGGAAUGAUAUUUUAGAACCUGACAUUUUCU